CAUAGUUCCAGUGCGGCGGCUGGCGAGUGGCGACGAGCAGUCGAGCGGUGGCGGUGGCAGUGGCAGUGCGAUCGCGGAGGCUGUGGCGACCACAAUCAGCUGACAUAACCUCACUUUUUAUCGGUGGAAGGUGACUGUGAUUGAUUGGAUAUCUCUUUGACCCCGUUAUCAGAUGAUGGCUGUCAGAUGAUGAUGGAGGGGUUGGUGGAGGCGGUGAACGUCUCCAUGGGGCGGCUCGAGCUGACCACAGAGUUCUUCCUGGUGCCGAGCCCCAGCGGCCCACCCCCGCCCCCGCCCUACCUGCCACCAGCUCCGCCGCCCCCAGGAAUACUGCGCCGUGAUAUGUGGGUGGCACCUCUACUCAUCUUCUCCUCCCUCACCAUGAUCCUCAUCGCAUUAUUUGAGGUGUUCGUACUGCUGAAGACGUGGCGGACGACGCCGUCGCGACGCCACCUGUUUCUGGGCCAGAUGCUUCUCCUCGGACUGUUCCUGUGUGCUGCCGUCGCGGCGCUCCUGAGUGCCGAGCCCACGGUGCUCACCUGCGCCGGGGUGCGCCUUGGGGCCGGCCUCGCCUACUCCCUCGUCUUCUCCACCCUCCUGGUCAAGUGCGUGUUCCUCAUCUCCCUCAACGGCGGCGUCUACCUGCCCGCCCCAUACCAGGCGCUGCUCCUCUUCUUCGCCGUCCUCAUCCAGCUCGCCAUCGGUGCCCAGUGGCUCAUCAACAACCCGCCGAAAGUCAUACAGGUGGGACUCCACCAGGCCUGCCACACACCGUACCACCACCUACUGCUCUCCCUGGUGUACACAGUGUUCCUGAUCGUGGUGGUAGCAGUGCUGGCUGUCAAGUCCAGGGGUAUCCGGGACAACUACAGAGAAGCUACGUUCAUCGGGCUGGCUGUGGCUUGUGUCAUACCGGUGUGGCUGGGCUGGGCUCUCUGUGGACUGGUGGUGCUGGAGAGGAACAGAGACGCGUGUCUGGCGUUUGGUCUGAGUGGUAGUGCUCUGAUAGUAUUCCUCAUCAUGUUCAUGCCCAAGGGGCGACAGCUGGCGGCCAUGGGGCGGGAGGGCAUGUACGUGGAGGACCGGGAGGAGAAGUUCUCCUCCCUCAGUCGAGCCGCCUCGCCCUCCUUCUUCCACUUCAAGCCGAUCAAACACCCGCCCCAGCUGAACACCUACGGAGGCACCUACUCGCACUCACGCACUAAAAUAUGUACAGUUUCAGAUCGUGUAGCUCUAGUAGCCCCCCCUCCCAGCUAUGGACAUCACUACUACCCCUACUGCUUCUACCCUAGAGCCAUGCCAGGCAGUGGUUUUGAUGCGAGUAUGUACACCACAGUUGAGCCUACCUUGUCCAGCAAUCCUAACGUCUUCUUCCACCGAGGGGUCCACCCCAACAUGAUGUACUGAAACCGUCACCCACAGUCUUAGGUUAUGAGCUGCUCAAUCUGCCGUCUCGUACGCUUUGUCACACACUUUGUGGUCAGCUGAUGUGUGCUUAUGCGUUGUGUCCGUCCGAGCGACAAUUCCAUUCUCUUCAACGAAUGAAAAUAUUCCCGAUCAUGAAACGUCAAAACACUUUGGUAACUCAAAAUUCAUUGUUUUACAAAAAUCCACUUAAGUUGGCUGUACUGGUGGCCAUUGUAAUUUGAAUCCUGCAAGAACAAUAUAAAAACUGUGCACUUUUACAAGAUCAUUUUCGAUCAUAGGAUUAUGGAAGAUGUCUCAUUUAAAGAUAUAAUUAAUACGCAUCCAAACUUUUUAGUUUUUUUAAAAGUUUUCAUUCAGAAAAAAUCUCAAAGUUUUUUGUUCAAAUAUUCAAAAUGUAUACGCUUAAUUAAGUAAAAUGUAUUUAGAUGUGUAUAAAUUACGUCUUCAUAAUGAGACAUUUCUAUAACGCUACAGUUAAAAAUAAGUUUAACAUUGUUCUUCUGGGUAUUUCAUUUCUGCCGGUUCUCAAUAACUAAUGUUAUAAUGUUACUGGUUAAAAAUAAAAACACAAAAUAGAAGACCACCAGUAUUUUUUAUUAUUUUUCAUAUUAAAACCGGUUGUGUAUAUAACCAAACUGGUUGGACUCAUUGCAAGGCUGGACCUCACGAAGUGUGUGACAAUGCUUGUAAAUCAUUUAGGACCUUAUUAUUUUAGUUAGGAAGUUAUAGAAUUUAUAAACUAGGUACUUUUAUUUCAGAAAAAUACAACGAUUCAAUUAGUACAAAUUGUUACUGCUAAAGUGAAAAAGCCAAUAGAGAAAGUUUAUUCAAAUAGAAGUUAUUCAUCUCAAUUAAAAAAAAAAUAUUUAAGAUUGGACUUUAAAGAAUGUUAAUUAAGUAAUCCAUUUAAAAUUUUGUAACUGCUUACCAGUAAUCGCUGCACAAUAGAGAUAAAUUUGGGAAGAUUUUGAAUGAUCUCUAAAUAAUUAUUUUUGUAUCCCUAAUGGGCUGAUUUUCAGAUUUCUUGUAAAACAAAUUAUCCAACAAGUGCCUAAUGUAACAAGUAUUAAUAUCGUUGUCGUUGUUUAGAAUGAAUCGAAUAAAUAUUUAUUCUGUAUCUGAGUGUUUCUUAUAAUAAUCAAAGAGAUAUGUUUAGAUUGUGUCUGUCGUGUGAGUGUUAACUGAGAUCUGGAGUGAAUGUAGUGUGAAGUGAGUGAACAGUCCAUUUUUUAGACUAGACCAGCUGUUGUAAAUUUAAAAGAAUUUCCAGUUAGACUAAGAGUUAGUCUGUAAGACUUUGGCUACCAGAAUGCCACCGAAAUAUUUUAAUGAAAUGAGUAAAUAUUACUUUAGAGAA